UCAUAUUAUUAUAAAAUAAACUUUACUGAUUAAGUUUAUGCUGUCACGUUUUACUCAAUUUGCGUGCCAGUCAAAGUUGAACUUCACACGUAUUUGAUAUUCUACCUUCAACCUACGAUAAAUACUAAUCAUUGAUAUGAAAGCUUCAAUGACGUCUGUUUUGAUCUCAACAAUAAAUAUUCUGAUAUUGUACGCGAAGAUUGCUCGUUGUUGCGGUGGUUACGAGUUAAUAAUCGAUUAUAUCAGAAACUGCGACUCAGACAACAUUAUUGAACUGUCUGAUAAAUUUAGCGUCGUCUUGAAACCUAAUUGCGAGGUACAUUUCAAUGGAUGCAUUACUUGGCAUGCCAACAUCACCAGUUCUAUAAUCGACUACACCGUCCAAAAGGACUUGAUAAAGAAGUCGGGCAAGAGGGACGGUUGCGAACAGCUGGACAAUAUCAAGCCGUCGAGCGAUAUUGAAAUGGGUUUGGACAUACUCGGAUUGCCGAAGCGCUGUCCCAUUAAUAAGACUGAAAAAGCAAAGUCGAAAAUUGGACGUUGGGUCGAUGAAACUAUGAAAGGAAAAUUUGAUAACUUUGUUGGUUCGCGAAAGAAAUCAAGCUCUAACACUACAACAAAAUUAAACAAUGAUAUACCCAUACUGCCGGAUGCAGAUGAAAAUAUCGACGCGGACUUGUUACAUUCAGUGAAACCCGCCGAGUUACAUUCAAGAGUAACUGAAUCUGCUUAUGAAGACGAAACGACGAGACCUCCGAUUAAUUUAGCCGACAUCGAUCUUGGAUUAUUAUUCAGCAACAUGACACGGAAACAUCAGUUGGAAGACGUGGGCGCGGAUGAACGAGACGUCGGGAGGAUGAUACAGCGGCACCUCAAACUGUUGAACAUUGGCUCCGAGAAUGCGGGCGAAGACGAACAUCGGCAUUCGACUUAGUACACCUACCCUUGUGGCUUUGUGUACCCAAUAUGAUAAUAUUUAAGCCAACUAUAUUUAUGUAAUCAUGUCGUUUACGUACACUGAUUUUGUCUUUGUGAUUACCGAUCUACUGAUUAUUAGUUAUAAUAAAUUGUAUAGCCCAUAGCGUUUACUGUUA